AUGUCGAUUCAAAUCUUUUUACUUUUUUGUAUUUGUUCGACGGUAUACGUGAAAACAAGCUCAGCUCUUCCAUCAUCGGAAUUACAUAUCAAAUAUGGUGGAGAAGCAUUGAAAUCUUUAGAACGUUUGCUGAAAUUUUUCGAAUCCGAUGUGAAAGAUCUAAAUCUUGAUGGCGUAUACGGUUUACGCAUUGCACAAGGCCAAUUGGAUGCUCUUCAUGAUAAAUUGAUUAAUCCGUUGAAGAAGAAUAUUGGUGUAACAGAUGCAAACAAUCAUGUUCAAUCAUUAUCGAAUCAAAUCGAACGUAUCGCUAAUAAAAGUUUGGAAGAAAUCGCUCGGAAAGAUACAUCGUAUUUAAAACGAUUUGCUUUGAUUGCGUCGAAAGCAUUUCUCAUUGAUUAUGAGGUUAGGAAUAUCAAAGAAAAUCUUAUUGAAACCGGUGAACGAAUCAGCGAAUUCGAUGAAGAUAAAUCCGAUGUUUGUUUUUCCGAAAUCCUCGGCUCCAAUGACCGUUCGAACUCAUCACCAUGUCUUGUUUCUCAGUCGUGUUGGAACUUGAUGACUUCGUCGAAAAGUACCAAUUACCGAUUAACACAUCAAUUGCUCUGGUUUUUAGUCGCAAAAACUAUCGGAUGUAUCGAUCAUCGUUCUACAUCAAAUCUUGCGAAUAAAAAUCUCAAAUAUCUCGAAGAUCGUUACUGUGCAAACAUUUAUUACGAUGCUCAAACCAAUUUCAACAAUAAUGAUAACCAAGAUCUCUUUCUCGAGCAGAUUCUGCUAUGCUCGAUGAUUGGUUAUGAAGAAUUUAUUCGCUUAGAUUGGUUGAAGACCAUUCUAACAUGGCAAGAUGCAGAAUCCGGAUGUUUCAGCAGCGCAUCGGAUGUAAUGGAAAGCAAUAUCAAAAUGAAGCGACAUUUAUUGAUCGAACAGGAGAUGAACAAUGGAUGUUUAUCGCACAAGAGUGGUCUGGCGAGUGGAGUCUUAGCUGUUUACGCUAGAGCUUUAUUACAAUAA